AUGUACCAAGUGCUCCUUCUCUCCUCCUCCCUCUUCGUCCUUCAUGUGACAGGCACUCCCCACUCCUUCGGCCACUAUGGGAGGAGGGUGUGUGGACGAGACAACCGGUACAGCGUUUUCCUAGCGACAGAAUCCUACAUCCAGCCUGUCCACAAGCCUUACAUCACUCUGUGCCAGGGCCACCGCCUCUGCAGCACAUACAAAACCAUAUAUAGGGCGGCAUACCGGCAAGCAACCAGAGUGGUCCCUCACUCACACUCGUACCCCGAGUGCUGCCCCGGGUGGCGCAGAUUCCACUCCCACAACUGCAACCAAGCGGUGUGCGGGGAGGCCUGCGUGAACGGCGGCACCUGUUUGAGGCCCAACCACUGUGCAUGCCCUCCGGGCUGGAGAGGACGCCAAUGCCAGACAGACGUGGAUGAGUGCGCUGAGCUACAACCGUGUCCUCAGGAGUGCGUGAACACGGCCGGCAGCUACCGGUGCGCGUGCAGGGACGGCUUCCGGCUAGCGGAAGAUGGCCACGCCUGUCAGAGCCUUCCUCCUCCCGUUCCAGUCUCUCCCACCCAGAAACCCCAGGCAACCAUGGGCGUGCACCUCCUCCCCUCCAGCGACGCAGGUCGGACGUUUGGCCUUGCAGAAAAUGUGACCGAGGAGGUACGGAGUCUGAGGAGCAGAGUUGAACUGCUGGAAAAGAAGUUGCAGUUGGUUUUGGCCCCCUUCAACAGCCUCUUCCCCCUGUCCCUGGAUGAGGGCUUGUCCGAGAAAACCACCUUUCUGUCCCACUCUUUCCAGCAGCUCGACCGCAUCGACUCGCUCAGUGAGCAGAUUGGCCUCCUGGAAGAGCGCCUUGGCACAUGCUCAUGUCAGGAGAACUAAGACGCGGAACGUGGCGGACAUCUUGAAGCCGUCUCCACAACCGAGGCCACGACGAAACCUCGGCGGAAGAACAUCCACAUGUCCGUAUUUGAGUUAAGCUGGAAAACCCAGUUGUUCGUACACCACCACUCUUGUAAUCCCACAGGUCUACUGUGAUUUUCACACGUCAGGUUUAUUUGCUUAUCUUUUUAUCGCCGUUGAAAAAAAAAACAGCAGCACAUUUUGUAACAGAAUGUAACAUUUGUAACAUUUUAUAACAGAACGUAACAAUUGUAACAUUUUGUAACAGAAUGUAACAUUUGUAACAUUUUGUAACAGAACGUAACAAUUGUAACAUUCUGUAACAGAAUGUAACAUUUUGUAACAGAACGUAACAAUUGUAACAUUUUGUAACAGAAUGUAACAUUUGUAACAUUUUAUAACAGAACGUAACAAUUGUAACAUUCUGUAACAGAAUGUAACAUUUGUAACAUUUUGUAACAGAACGUAACAAUUGUAACAUUUU